AUGUUUCGAUCCGCGAGGCUAUUGCCGGCGCUGCGGCGAUUGCCCACGAGGCAAGUGAGAUGCUUCGGAUUUUCUGGGUCAUCUGGGGCGUCGCCGACGAUGGACUACCUACCGAUGCCGUACAUUGAAGAGACCUCUCUAGAGACUGACGUGAUUACAGGGGACAUUUUCUCCAAGCUACUUCAGGAGCGCAUCGUUUGCCUUAACGGCGAAGUAAACGACUACAUGUCCGCCUCGAUUGUGGCCCAGCUGCUCUGGCUGGAAUCCGACACCCCCGAUAAACCAAUCACCAUGUACAUAAAUUCGCCCGGAGGCUCGGUGACGUCAGGAAUGGCCAUCUACGAUACCAUGACAUAUAUCAAAUCACCCGUCUCAACAGUCUGCGUCGGAGGCGCCGCAUCAAUGGCAGCGGUCCUGCUGGCUGGCGGCGAGGCCGGCAAGCGAUACGCGCUGCCGCAUAGCUCCAUCAUGAUUCACCAGCCGCUCGGAGGAACGCGCGGCCAGGCCUCGGAUAUCAUGAUUUACGCCAACCAGAUCCAAAAGAUUCGCGAGCAGUCAAACAAGAUUAUGCGGUACCACCUAAACAAGGCCAAAGGCGACAACAAGUAUACCCUAGAGGAGGUCAACGAGAUGAUGGAGCGGGACAAGUAUCUGAGUGCGGAAGAGGCGCUUGAGCUGGGAGUCAUUGACGAGAUUCUGGUCAAGCGGACAGAGGCUGAUGCAAAGGAGGAGAACAAGAGCCAAUCUCCUGACAGUCCGUCAUGA